UUUUUUGGCUGCUGAUUAUUAAAAGUGAAAUAUUUUGCAUUUUCCAGCAUAAAUUCGAAUUAAACUAAAGAAAAUCCAAAUUAAAAUAGAUCCUAACAGUUAAGUGAAUUAAAAUUAAUAGAAUUAAAAUGAAUCUACUGAAUAAUUAUUCAAGACAAAGUAAUGCUGGUAAUUACCUUUGGAAAAAUAUAUUAAAGAUUUAGUACAAAUAAAAUGGUAGACAAGUGUGUUUGAGUGUCAGUUGGUGCUGUGAUUUUUUGUAUUUUUUAAUGAAAGAAAAAAAGUAAUUAUGAAAAUUUUCUGAUGAAUAAAGGAAAAAGUGUUUAUGCCAGCAGAGUGCAAUAUAAAUUAAUGAAUAUAUAAGCAAAAUAUUACAAAAAUAUAUUAUUUAAAACUUCACAAGAAAACUAUUGAUGAAAAAGACUUGGGAAGAAAGAAAAAGAAUUAAUACCUAUUGUCUGUGUGUGUUAUUUUUUUUUGUAUUGUGAAGAUAUUUUUAGUCUUCUGGUGUUAAACCACUUCUAAAAGUGGUCUUAUAUUACCGUUAGUAUUUUAUUAAAUCUAAUACCUACAUUACUUCUGCAUUGAGAAAAACCAAGCUGAGAAAAAAAAUCGCAUCAUAAAUAAUGGAAAGAAAUCCAAAUGAUGUGAAUCAGUCACAAAAUCCCUCAACAACUACAAACACACAUCUCAGUAGUGAACAAUUUCAACAGCAGCAACUGCAGCAACAACCACAUACACAUCAUCAUGAAAUGAAUGAAGUUGAACUUGAGGUACAACAACAUUUAAAUGAAGAAGUUGAAGCUGCUAAUUAUGAAACUGUUUACGUUAUAGAAGAUGUUGGUUCUGAUGUUUCCGCCAGUCGAGCACAUUUUGUACCACUUAGAGCCGAGUAUACAACAGAUGCAACCAAUGCCAAUACCUCACAGGCCACCGUGACAACCUCAACUGAACCACAACAGCCGCAACAGCUAAGUCGUCACUAUUAUCCACGACAUCAUUAUCAUCAUCACCACCAUCAUCAUCAUCAGCAUCAACCGUAUCAGCGUCAAUAUGCUUGCAGUUCUUCGCCUUCGGCCUUUGUUGCGGAUUAUGAAAGCGAUAAUGGUGACUAUCAACGUCCACAACGUCCAUAUGGCGGACAUGUACAUCAUCAUCAAAUGGCUUUAACAUGCCGGCCACAUUAUCAUAUGCCACCGCAGCAUCAGCCUCCAUUGCAGCAGCAGCAACAACAGCAACAUCCCCAUCUUCAUCAUCAAAGAGAACAAAUUGCAAGACCUUCAGCACCAAUAGUACGUUUAGCUGAACGAUCUUUUAAUAGCCCCAUGACGGUGGAAUUUAGUCAAGGUCAUCAUCCCCAUGCCCAUCCAAGUGCACACCACACUCAUCCUCAACAUCAUCAUCAAUAUCAAUAUAAUUCCGAGGAAUAUCCUAGUUUUUAUAUGGUCCCUAUGCAACAACAGCCCACACAAUCGUGCAAUUGUACUUCGACUAGUAAUGCAACUACGCCGCCUAGAACAUGUGAGUCAUGCGCGUGUUCAACAACUGCCAGCGAACAACAACAGCAACAACAGACUGAAAGAUCAAUGACAGCAGAAAUUCACCCCACCUCCAGCACAAAUAUCAUUUUUAAUACACAAAACGCUAACAACACCAACACCACCGACAGAGAUAGGGCUGACAAUCGCAGACAUUACGACGAAGUUGCUUCUACUGCUUAUUCUGCACAAAUUAGUGAAGAUGCCGCACAUCUCCACCACCGUGAUGAUGACGAGGUAGCCUCUACUACCUCUAAUUCUAUGAAUACUUUGCCUACCGAAGAACUGGAAUCCUGUAGAGGUUCACCCUUUUCCCUAGUAAUGCCAGCACCACCAAAUAAUCAUGAUGAAGUUUCGUCCGCUUCAGAAGCUGAACAUGUACAAUUUGCUCAUACACGUACCACAAAUACCACCACUACAACAUCAGCGGCCGCUAUGAAAAAGCACAAGUCUACUACUACAAAUGUGGUGGGAUCAUCGCCCACCUCAACAUCAUCGUCAUCACAGGUUUCUUCCAAUCAUGCCGGUAGUAGUGGUGGUGCUGGCAGUGAUGUUGGGAGUGGUGUUAGCACUGAGGCAGCAGCCGGUUCUUCUAGCUCCAGAUCUUCUAGUUCUCGUAACAAUUAUGUGGUCGACUUAGUCGAAUCCACCACGUCGAGUAAUUCCUUUAGACGUCUAAGCGAUGACCAACCUUCAACAUCUCAUCGUGUGCGUUUAAGAGAUGCCGAAUACAAUGGCCGUUAUUGGCAAAAUUUCGAUGAAGAAAGUUAUGAUCAACCAACGGUAGCUUGGAAUUUACACAAAUCCUCUUCUGGCUCACAACAACAUACAGAUACAAAUCAAACGAAUAAUAAUGAGGAGAGUUCUUCAAGUUCGCGCUCUCCCUCUUUAAGUCGUUUUCAUUUACGUUAUAUACGCACUGAAGAUCGUAGCCGGGAAACGGAAGAAGAGGAGGAACCUACUCGAUCUUCUAAAAUUCAACGUUUAAAUUCGAAUCACUCGGGUGGAGUGCACAAUGAUAGCGGGUCUGUAAUGCCGCCUGCAUUACAACGUGAUCAUCAAACUACAAUAAAUACAAAUGGUUCUUAUGUAAUCACAUAUGCGGGUCAUCAGCAACCACCGCCACCACCACCUCCUCCUUUGCCUCAUCGACGAAGGAGAUUGGAAACCAUAACAUCUUCCGACCAGGCACAAAAUUUUGUUAUGUCAGAUCAUACACAAGAUCAACAGCAGCAGCUACAAUCCAGCAGCAGUAGCAGUGAGGUGAAUGUUCAACCCUCUACCUCACGAGGAAGACUGGGCGGCGGUAAUAAGACAAAAUGCAACGAAACUAAUAUUAAACCGCCUGUAGUUUUAACUGCUCCUGAUCUACAAUUAGAUUGGCUAUCCGAUGCUACUACAACUACCACUGAUGGCGAAGAUGAUGAAGUAGUUUUUGUGCAUUCCAGUCGUGAACCCAUACUCUCCAUAGACUUAACAGCCGAUGAUGAAUCUGCCAUUUCUUUAGAAAUGUCCUCUAUCAUAGAACAGACGGCCUCGUCGUCUACUGCAAAUCACAAUAAUCAUAAUCACCAACAUAGUCAUCAUAAUGCGACUAUAACACCAGUCGCCCCAGCAAGUGAACAUCAACUGGCCUCGGUAAAUUCACCACAUACUGGUGAAGAAAGAAUGGAAGACUGGUAUGGUGUGGAACCUAUACGUAUGACUCCCUCUCCGGUGGUACUUUCGCUUAACAAUGACUCUUAUACUCUUGCCCAGGGACCUUCCUCUUCCAGUUUGCCACCCAGCGAGCCACAAAGAGCCCACCAGUCCACCUCUGGUUAUCCUGUACUUCCAUUUCAUUCAAUGAAUUCCCGUAUGUGGGGAAAUCCUUGUUUAGACUGUUUCAUGCCCGAAGAACAAAACAACGAGCCUGGAGGCGACAGGCCUAUUAGUAGCAGACAACCAACAACAAAUGCCACCAUAAGUUCUUCAGCAGAAGCAUCCGCUUCAGGCAAUCUGGCCAUGACACCACAUUGUCAUAGCACUACAUCUAAUACAGCGGGUUUGGCACGUUUACGUUCGGUUUGGCGUUCAUAUCUCACAGAAAUUCCUCCCUCUCCCGCUGAUUUGCCCACGCCCAUUGUACCCAAUACGCCGCCGCCGCCACCCAUAUUUAUAGUAAAUCCUUAUGCUGUAACAGAACACAAUCCCACACACUAUACCAAUACGGCCAAUAUGCCACCAGUUCCCUCUCUUGGUUUAGUGAGUGUUGCUCCGCCACCAACCCCUCUCUAUAUACCGCCCUCACUGCAAGAUGCUCAAAGUACCCGGCAAAUGAAUCCUCCUCCCUCCUCUCAUUUAUCACUGUCGCCUGGUUCUACCACUCCAAAUGCCUAUCAAUAUGGCAAUAUAUACCAUCAUUCACAUGCUCACACCACUACACGUCCCCAUGACAAUCACAUUAUAACACACAAUCAUCAUGGUCACACACAUGCCAUAUCACAUUCACAUGGACUACCACAUACCCAUACUCAUACAUUCCGUACGGCGGCGGGUAGUCAUGGACCACCGCCACCACCUUAUCUGGUUCAUCAGAAUCUAUGGUUGCGACAACACAAUGUUCAGGAGAUACAUCGUCGUCAUAUGACACCCACACCCAUAGAUUUGUCAUCGAAUCCCUUGAAUUUGACCAGUAGUUUUCGUACAAGAUUCCAACAAUUGCCCAAUGUUUGCUCCUGUGUUCAUGGUCGCAAUGGUCCAGUAUCAAGUUUGGAUCCUGCUUAUUAUCCAUAUGAUUCUCGACCACAGCCACAAAAUCGCCGCUGUCCGGUCUUGCGUAGGCCGGCGGUACAUCAUCAUAUGUUUCAUCAUUAUUCGCCAGUACAUGUGGAAAUUGAUUUGUCUACACCACGCAUUGUUAUUGGUUCAUCGAUACGACCACCCAGGGGAGCAACUUUGGAAAUUAUUGAACGCAAUACCUUGCCGCAUAAAUAUCGUCGUGUUAGACGUCCCAGCGAAACGGAUGAGGAUGCCGAAAAAUGUGCCAUAUGUUUAUCGUUGUUCGAAAUUGAAAAUGAUGUGAGGUAUGUUAAUGUGAUCAUUUCUUAUUUAGUUCUAGUUUAGUCUUAGUUCUGUUCAGUUUUAGUUUAGUUUUGUUGUUGUAACAGCUUAAACUAUACAAUUUUAAUACGGGGGUUCUGUAU